GGGGGCAGUGGUGCGACACAGUGUGAGGUGAAGCGCCUGGAGCUGGGACAGAGGAAGAAGAGCUGCACCCCCAAACAAGGAGGACGAAGCGCCGCAGCUCCUUCUCCACAGUCCCAAUGUCUCUCGGAGCGGCUCUGCGCGUGACCCGCGGCCUUUCAGGUCUUCUCCCCCGGCUGCCCCCCCGCUGGGGUCAUGGCCGAGCGUGCACGCCUCCUCUCCUCUUGGCUCAGCAGAGGAGCAACUCCACCUCUACGAAGAUCAAGGUGGAGUUCGACCCGAGCUCAGGCGUAGCGGUGAUGCGCUUGCAGAGUCCUCCGGUCAACAGUCUCAGCCUGGACUUCCUCACAGAGUUCUGCAUCAGCCUGGAGAAGCUGGAGAUGGAUAAGAGCUGCCGAGGCCUCAUCAUCACCUCCAACCAGCCUAAGGUCUUCUCCGCCGGGCUGGACAUCCUCGAGAUGUACGGGAAGAGUCCGGAGCGCUGCGGCGAGUUCUGGAAGGCCGUGCAGGAGAUGUGGCUGAAGCUGUACAGCUCCGACAUGAUCACCAUAGCAGCCAUCAAUGGCUCCAGUCCUGCAGGGGGGUGUCUGAUGGCUCUGACCUGCGACUACAGGAUCAUGGCGGAUCAGCCCCGCUACACCAUCGGUCUGAACGAGACGCUGCUCGGCAUCGUUGCACCGUUUUGGUUCAAAGAUACCAUGGCCAACACGGUGGGCCACAGGACCACGGAGAUGGCGCUGCAGCUCGGGCUGCUCUACAGCCCCUCAGAGGCCCUGAAGGUGGGGCUGGUGGACCAGCUGGUUCCUGAAGACCAGAUCCUCAGCACCGCCACACAGACCAUGACCAGGUGGCUGGCCAUCCCAGACCACGCCCGGCAGAUCACCAAGUCCAUGAUGAGGAAGCCCACCAUCGACAGACUCGCGUCCAACAGAGAAGCUGACAUCCAGAACUUUGUCAACUUCAUCACCAAGGAUUCCAUCCAGAAGUCUCUGCGCACUUAUCUGGAGAUUCUCAAAAAGAAGAAGGCUUAGAGUGAACUCUGACCUCGGCGUUUCUGCUCAUCCAGAGGUCUUUGAAUGCAGCACUUAAGAUUCAUCAAGCAGGAUUAACCGAGCAGUCCAGUCUGUUUUCUGCUGCAGUUUAGUCCAAAUGUCUUCAUGAAAGUGAAAAAGCUAAGUGCCUGUUUUUACUGGACUUUGAAUAAUCUGUUGUAACUCUGAUUGUUUUCUGUCUUUUUACUCAAUAAAGACUCGGAUCCAAACAGUGA